GUGCCUGCUCAGUGAUCACCAAGAUCAGCGUUGGAGAAUCACAUCUUGGCAUAACCGCCAUGUGCAACGUGGAUUUCCAUAUUCAAAUCCUGUCGAGUUCGGUAACCACACAGAUCACUUAUCACCCGGCGAUGAGAUGCAUCCGCAACGAUUCGCUGAACAGAACCUCGAAUAGGUGCUCAACGGCCUCUCGAGUAUGCACUGUACACACGUAUUAUCUGUGGCGGUCCUCUCAGACAGGAGCCCCCUCGCGUCGCACGACUCACGCUUCAUGUUGACACGUCCUUGUGAUACCCAACACUCAGCCGCCCGAGAGUCGCACAACACGACGACAUGGAUUGAAUUCAUUGUCUCCGAGAGGAUCAGCUCGAAGGGCUUCUCUGCAGGGUCCCGACAAGAGCCACCCGUCCAACGGCCAUCUUCCGGUGUUGCGCUAACAUGCAGUCCUUCAUGGCCAGAACCAACAAUCAUUGCCGGCGGUUCCGACGAGAACUCCGACAGGAGGAUAUGGAUAUGCUUGCUUAUGCGACCAAGUCGAUUCGAUAUUAACGGAACCAAUACUCUCGCGCAUCUCACUGCACUGCAUCAGUCCAGACUUCCCGACAAGAGAGCAAAUCAGGCGAUGAAUCUCCCGCAUACCUAUAACGAACUUGGUUGGAUAACUAUAACACCAUCCUUAUUACCUACUACCAUGCAAUCUCUGGCUCUUGCUGCCUGCUGCCAAAUCAGCGUCCUUCGACUAAAAGCGUCUGACUGCAUCAAUAGCCCGCUUCCUCUCCUGCUGACAGGAUGCUGAUUACACGCAACAUUUUUCCAGGAGCGUCAGUCAGUCAAUAUUGCGCCUGUGCCACAUCUGAACGGAAACCAUUUCGAGCCAGCUAAUAGAUCGCUCAGUGGGACCCAACAAGAGCUUCUCCGUCCAAGUCCCCGAAGCGCCCACAAUUCGGCGGGAAAUAUCGCCAACGGGCCGGGAAGGAAGGGAGAGUCUGAGCUCACCAUAUGUCACCCACACACGUCAAUAGAUAGAAUACCAGGUAGACAGGCAGGGUUGAAUGAAGCAUAGAAGCAUCCAAUCACCACCACUUUAGCCCAA